AUGUCUCAGUGUUCUCUAUCGCUGUUAGCUUCUGUCUCUGUGAACCCCAAAAUGCAAACCCUCCUUUCUUUCUCACACUCUCCUUCAACUCCACAUCUUCAAAACCUCACAACCAGGCCAAAGUUCCCUCCUCAGCUCCACCCCAUCAAUGCCCUCUCACUCCCCCCAUCUCCGACUUUGCCCCUCACUGCCUCAAAGUCUUCUCCUUUCCUCAUUUCCUCCCCUAAACUUUCAUCUUUCAGGAUCCUUGCUGCCUCCAUCCCUGAUGCUAGAAGUGAUGAACCUACCAAAACCACUGGCUUGGUCAAGACCCUGCAACUUGGAGCCAUGCUUGCACUUUGGUACCUCUUGAACAUCUACUUCAACAUCUACAACAAGCAGGUUCUAAAAGUCUAUCCAUUUCCAGCAACAGUUACAGCAUUUCAAUUUGGCUUUGUGUCAUUGGUGAUUAAUUUAAUCUGGACCUUCAAUCUCCAUCUCAGACCAAGCAUCAGUGGUUCACAGCUUGUAAUAACACUCCUUCCAAUGGCUGUGGCUCACACAUUGGGGAACCUCUUGACCAACAUUAGUCUUUGCAAGGUUGCUGUAUCUUUCACUCACACAAUCAAAGCCAUGGAACCUUUCUUUACUGUUCUUCUUUCUGCCCUUUUCCUGGGUCAGAGGCCUACUUUCUGGGUGUUUUCUUCCCUUAUGCCAAUUGUUGGGGGGGUGGCAUUGGCAUCAAUGACUGAAGUCUCUUUCAAUUGGAUCGGAUUCACCACUGCUAUGGCAGCUAACAUUACAAAUCAAUCACGGAACGUUUUGAGCAAAAAAAUGAUGACUAGUGAAGAGGAAACUUUGGACACUAUCAAUCUCUAUGGAGUUACAACGAUCAUUUCCUUCAUCCUGUUGGUUCCAUUUGCCUUACUUGUGGAGGGUGUCAAGUUUUCUCCUUCAUACCUGCAAUAUGCUAUGGUAUCACCAGUGACACACUCAGUUGCAAACAGUGUGAAGCGUGUGGUUAUCAUUGUUUCCUCAGUCAUCUUCUUUCAAACUCCCGUCUCUCUUGUUAAUGCACUUGGGUACCGCUACUACUUGUAA